AUGCACUCUGUUACAUUCUUUUCUAUUCUACUGACUGGCGUGGUCACUACCAGAGCCGAUGUGGCUCGAGUGGUAACUGAUAUCAACAAGAUAUCUAGGAAUUGGGGACAUCUUAGCCCUUACGCAAACAAUCGAGAUGAUGACUUUGGUGUCGAAUAUGUCGGACUUCCUGCCGGCUGCCAAAUUGAAUCUGCUCAUACCCUCCAACGCCACGCAGAAAGAUUUCCAACCAAGGGCAUAAACGAUGGCAGAAAUAAUCAACGUUUCAGUGAAAAGGUCACAAACUUCACUUCAACCCAUCCAAAAGAUCUGUUCACUGGUCCCCUCCGAUUUAUGAAUUCGUGGAAUCCAGUCAUACUCAGUAAUGGCCUGUUAACUGGCAUUGGUGCCUCGGCCGAGUUUAAUGCUGGGGUUGAGUUCUGGAACCGGUACGGAAGAACAUUGUACAAUGCAAGCGUUGGUCAAUUAGCCUACAACGGUUCCUAUGCUGAUGGCACACCACGUCAGCCCAUAGUUCUGAGGACUACUGAGCAAUCGCGGAUGCAUAACACCCAGAUUAACUGGGCCCUCGGCUUCUUCGGGCCCAGCUUUUCACCCGUGCCAAAUCCAGCUCUAAAUGACACGGCUAAAGCAUUCGAGGUAGUCAUUAUCCCAGAAGAAAAUGGCGGCAAACAGAAUAAUACACUGGCUUCAUAUGUAAGCUGUUCGAAUUGCGGAAACCCGACUAUGAAGGCUUCCACCAACCAGAUGCUUUAUGAGUUUGUCUCUAGUUACCUAGGUCCCGCCACCGAAAGACUCAAAUCUUUUGUACCAGCAGAUUUUCCACUGACCGUUAAUGACACAUUUGCCAUGCAGAUGAUUUGUGCCUACGAGAAUGCACUCAUGGGAGCAUCAGAAUUUUGUGGUUUUUUUACAGAAGAUGAGUGGACUGGAUUUGAGAACAGCCUAGAAAUGCAAUUCUACUACAAAUUUUCUUACGGUCAUCCAACUGGUCGCGCUCAAGGUAUCGGCUAUGUCGAGGAACUUUUGGCCCGCCUAAAUAACACCCAGAUGACAAGCUCUUCUACUUCAGUUAAUGCAACGCUAAAUAGCGACCCAAAAACCUUUCCAGUAAACCAAACCUUUUAUGCCGACUUUACUCAUGACACUGUUAUCACAUCGGUUCUCUCCGCCUUGUCAAUAGACUAUUUCCAUGCACCUCCUAAUUUAACCCAAAUCUCAUCCGACCCAAACCGUAAAUUUAUACUCUCGAAAAUUGUGCCUUUUGGCAGCCGCCUAGUUACCGAGACAAUCGGCUGCACCUCACCCAACCCAAAGCCGCGCAAGAGCGCACAGGUUCAAUACACACCAGAACAAUACGGCUACGAGAAAUCUUUAGCUAAAUACAAAUUUGUACGUAUGAGAUUAAAUAAUGGCAUUAUACCAUUAGACACAAUCCGUGGAGGCGCGUGUGGUGAUGACAAGAGCAGCCGAAUUGACGGGCUGUGCGCUUUGGAUGAUUUUAUGACAAGCCAGCAGAAUGCCUCGGCCAUGGCGAAUUAUCAAUAUGCUUGUUACGGGAAUUAUACUAACCAGGGCCGGGCCACUGGGUGGGAUUGGGAUGGAACUAUUUCAGAAUAG